UUCGUAAACAAAAUAAAAUUUAAGUUUGUUGAAAUUCAUCGCUUUCCAACUCAUAUUGCCCUAUAAAUGCCGUUUAUUCCGAAAAGUUAGCAAACAUGGACAAUCUUCACCAGCCCUUGAACAUCACCGAGUACAACAACCUCAUCACCAACAUCAUCGAAUCGGCCGUGGACGAGCUGAUCCAGAAGCGCGAAAGUGGCAAAGAAUCCCUGCUGUUGCACAUCUGCCGGCUCUGUGCCCGAGAGGAACCGCUGCUGCUCGACCUAUCCGAUUUGCAUUUGGAUCUGAUUAACGAAUUGGCCAUUAGCGGAAUCGAUGCCAGUGCCGGUUGCACCAAAAUCUGCUCCGCCUGUGCCGAAUUUCUCGGGCGGAUCCGCGAAUUCCGCUGCAGAUGCGAGGACGGACAGAAGAAGAUCAGCUGCCUGCUGGCGGAGAGGAGUGUGAUUCCGGAUUUCCUGAAUUUGGACUUUAGCAAACCGGAGGACCAGUACGGUGGGUUUAGUCCACCACCACCUCCGGUGGAUGAUGACGAUAUGCCGCUGGAGGAUGAUUACUGUGAGGUUGAGGAGGAGGAGGAGGAGGAAGAGGAACUUCCUGUUAAGGAAGUGGUUGUGAAACCUCCGAAAGAACCGAAACGAGUGGAGCAAGCGGUUCAGUCUAGAGGAAAGCUGAAGACAACGAGCGACUCUCGCCGACGGGUGGUCAACGGAAAGCUACAGUGGGUUUGCCUGGAUUGUGAGCACACGUUCGAGAGUUGUACCAAGUUGAAGAAGCACCGACAGACUUGUGAGAUGGUCGGCAAUAAGAACUCCAAACGUGUGGGUCCCUUUACGUGUGACAUUUGCGGACAGUCGCUGCCGACCCUGAUGGGACUGAGGGUUCAUGUACAUAAGCACAGUAAAAGCGGUCCUGAACCGGAGGAGAAGAAGGUUAAGAAUUCCAAUCCGUCGCCAAAGUUGGCCGUUUGUCACGUCUGUGGGAAAUCGUUUACCAGCAUGAGUUCGCUGCGGUCUCACCUGGUGUUCCACGGACAAGAGAAGCGAAUCGAGUGCCAGAUUUGUAAUAAAAAGUUCCACAAACUGUACCGUCUGAAGGAUCAUCUGAAUUGCCACGCCAACGUCCGGCGGUACAGUUGCCAGAUUUGUGGUAAGGCAUUUUUUACCAAGGCAAUUUUAUACAAGCACACGCGAUCGCACGACCAGAACUUCCGGAAGCACCAGUGCACAAUGUGUCCGAUGCGGUUCGCUCAUCCUUACCAGCUGCGAUCGCACAUGAUGGUUCACACGGCCGAAUAUCCCCAUGGGUGCAAGCUCUGCCAGAGUAAAUUCCGCUUCUUGUGGGACCUGAAGAAGCACUACGCCAAAGCGCAUCCGCUCCUACCGGAGGAGCAGGAAGACGAUGAGGAUACUCAGUCCAUCAUCGUCGCAGUAGAGGAUCAUCUUCACCAUCAUCAAACGCUGGAGGAAGGGAUACCGGAAUCGUUGUUGGCGCCAUCUGAACCUCUCCUAACUCCGCUUCUUCCACUGCCGGAUCCAGCCGUCGUCGGGUUGAUUGAGGAGGAACAGCACGAUGAUCUGUCCGUUAUGUUGGCCGAUAUUCCACCCCAUCAGCAACCGGAACUGACGCCAUCGGUGGCCGCCGUGCAACCGGUGGUGACCGAGCAUCCAUUUGUGACGGAAAAUCUACUGGAGGAGGCGUCCGGGGAUUUCACGACCGAUUGCUUCCCGGCCGAUCACCUGGACAGUAGCCAUACGGCUGGCGAGGACGAUUUCUAUACAUUCAUGGAAUGUUAAGUAUUAUGCUCUGUAUAUACCUUUUGUAAAGGUUUGUGAUAAAUGAUUAAAGUCAGAACUAAUAGAUUUAAGAC